AUGGAGGUCAACAACCAUAGCUUCAAAGCCUCAAAGAAACCGCGGAAAGGUCAUUCCUCCGGCUCUUAUUCCAGUUCCAGUUCGAAGAUACCCUUUUCCUCGUACUCGCGACCUCUAGUGUCCAGACGCUGCCAGCUGCCACUCAAAGUCUCCGUUUCGCGCAGUAGUACCAUUAGCACGUCUAAUCCGUUUUCAACUGGGAGCAUCAACAAUCCUUUGGGGAUCAGUACAUCAGAUGCUCCCGGGUUGCAACAGUAUGGGUCCUACUAUUACCCUUCGUCGCCGUCUCAGUUCUUGCAAUCCCCUGGUAAUGGAAUAUUCCCAUUUGCGCCCGAGGUGGAAGACUUUUACGUGCAUAGAUCAUACUCUUCUCAUCCUUUUGCAAGAGCUCACACCCAUCUUCCUUCGCACGGCUACAGCACCAAGCGCACGAAGAGGACGUCGUCCACCGUAGGCAAUUCGCUAGAGGAGCGCGAUAUCACUUCAUUCCAUAGCCCUUCAGCGUUUGCGACGCUGCAAACGAACACACCAAAGGACUUGGGCUCACCUGCCUCCUCACCGGCGGAUUCGCCAACGACGUGGGCAGGGCCCAUCCUCGAUGAUCCUACGCUAUUCAGUCCAUACACACAGACUUUGGCAUCCGCGAGCCCCCACGAGGCGUCGCCGAAGGGGGCGUCGAACCCUUCCCCAAGCGAAGAAGGCACCAUGAUCGUCCAUUCGGUAUCUGAUCGGCGGAGCUUAAACGCUUCUCGCCUCGAGUUCCUUCGACGCCGAUUCGAUAUUUUGCAGCUCGAAGCACGCAAGGCCAUCAGCGUCGAGCAAGUGGAACCCCUUCAUCCCGUACUUGCGCUCGCCCCACCCUCCUUGGAAUCGUAUGGUCCGCCGGUGAUUGCAAAAGUACUUGAUUGGCUUGGGUUGGUGAGAACGUUGGACGUCCUGCCUUCGCUUGUAUGGGACGUUCGUCAGGUGCCCAGUCAAGCGACAAUCAUGGCCAUCCCCGCUCGGGUGUUUAGAAUGAAAGAAGAGGAAGACAUGAAAGGGCGGAUCAAGAUUGUCAAAGAGCCCGUUGGGGCCAGCAAGUUUCGCCAAAUGCUUAACGAACCGGCGACGAAUCCACCGUGCACAGUACUGACAGUUUCCAUCAAUAACGGGUGGGGUGUACGCAUCCGGAGCACGCAGCCGACCGCUGAUGGAGGAAUCGUCCGUGUACGGGACGUGAUUGAGACGAUCUAUAGAGCUCUCAAGGCACCCAUUAUGGGAGCGUCGAAUGUGGGUGGGCAUCAUGUGAACAGCGAGGACAAGAACCGGGUGUCGUCUCUCGGUGGAAAAUAUCGAUGGAUGGGUUUGAGGGCUACUGGAGAGAUGCGAGUGCAGAGAAUGGUGAAUGGUGAGGCAGAUGGGGGUGUCUGGGAACUUGUGAAAUACUCGCGGUGGUCGGGCAGUGUCCCCAGCUACCCUGCCAAACGACACUCUCGCUUGUCCGUUGUCGAAACGUCCAGCGACGCAGACGACGAGCAAGACGACUUGGACCUUGCCUCUCCCAAAAUUUUGGGGAUUAUGGACUCGAAUUCCAGCUUAGGCCAUGGCCAGCAGCAGCAACAGGCGCCCCCAAGUUCUCGUCCUCGCCGACGCAGCGCCUUGGCACUCGCAGACCGCCUCACCACCAUGGUUUCCCUACGCCGUGGGACAAACUCCCGCUCUCGUUCUCGUUCCGGAUCAGAUGCUAUUAGCCCACAGAGCGCACGGACUAACAGCUCGAAUGUCCUUACGACGAAUACCCGGAGUCGAGGGACAAGUCGGGAUCAUUCCGCAUGCACGACAGAAGACGAUAGGGAGAGCAGUGAGGACCCCCACUCGGUAGAAGAUGAUAUGGCCGAGUUUGGAUAUCUACUCGAAGACGAUCCGUUUGCAAACCUGAGCACACCGCCCUCGGAGUGCCAAAGCCCGCUGGGAGGACGAACGUGGAUUAGACAACUGUCGUCCACAGAUGUCAUUCGGGAGGAACCAGAGGAGAUGCUUGACGAUCUCACGAGGAAACGUCUCUCGAUGCGGCGCGCCAGCAGCACCAGCGCGCUCCAUGUGCAUUUCACAACCGGGAACCGACUCGAACAGCAAGUCAAAGAGGAAGACGAAGGAGAUGAUGAGCGAGAGCAUGAUGAUGGCGAUGCCACUUCGAGCCUCUUUCAUGAGAUUGGUCAUGCAUCCACCUCGGCACUCCCAUAUUCACGUGAUGAAGACGUGCCCGAGCGAAAGCGGAGCAACUCGCUCACCGAACGCGUGCGACACAUUGUCCAAAGUCGGCCAUCGCUCCCUAGCCUGUCCAUUCUGGCUAACACCAAAAUUUUCUUACCCCAUUCAUCCAAGUCCUCCUCCCUCGCAGCCCGGUUCCCAUCCGAGCCUUGGGACGACCCCAAAUACACCCAACACAAUCAGUCCAAGUCGUCCCUGAUGGACCAUAUUCGCACGGUAUCCUCUCGACGCGAAGGUCGAGACCGGUCCAAUGGUUCAUUCAAUCAAUCUGGUGGCUUUUAUGAUGAAGGAAACAGCGGGUUCCAGAGACGGUACGAGGAAUCUGGAUCGGAUGGCGCAGGAAGGAUGCCAGGGGAUAGGGACAGAGCGGGCGGAGGCGCCGGUGGAGGGAAUGGCGGCCGCUAUCCGUCCGGAAACGGUCCACAUUCAAGCCAAGAAGACUCGAGCGGACAUACCACAUCCGAGACGACAAACUCUGAAGAUGAGGAUAGUGACAACGUUCCGCUCGGACACCGCCCAAACGCAUUUUCGGCACAGAAAUCGCUACGUAUGCGCAUCAAAGACGAGCGAAGGUCGCGCAAGGAGACCAUCAAAGCGUCACGCGCUGCGCCUGCCGCAACACACCUAGAGCCGACAUCGUCAACUUCGACAAAGACGGAUAAUUUGUCUGCAGACGACCUUACCGCGCGCCUGCUGCGACUUCGCGCCACCGAAUCCCCAUCCCUGCCAGCUUCGCCGACCGGCAGAACCGCUUUUCCUACCCUACCUACGUCGAGUAUGACGAAAGCCACUUCGCCUCUCCGUUCGCCAAUUUACGGUUCCUUUCCUGCUCCCGCUCCGCAACCGAUACCCUCUUCCUCUGCGCAAGCAUCGACGUUUGCGUUUCCUUCUUCGUCGACACCCAUGUCGCCACCCGCGAUUAAGCGGCACGCGACGGAUGCAGCUGGCCAUGGACCUCCGCAUACAGCGCUUCCGAGGCCCACAUUCCCUACGCGCUCAAUGACUUCUUUCGACUCGCCUCGCACGGCUGUUCCAGGUGGCUCGUUUGAUCUCCGUCGACCGUCCGACGACGCACAGCAUGCUCAAGCGCCUUUGCCAACCCCCUCGGGACGUUUGCGGGCGGAUACGUUACUCGGCAAACUCGUCAGUUCUUCUGGAGCGAACAAACUCCGACAGCGAGCUACGUCGUUGCAUUCAUCAAAGGCACCACACCCGAUGCCACAAGUACCAUUGCCUCCUCUCCCUCUAUCUCGCCAAAGCGACUCGGCAUGGAACAAUCAAGGGGAGCGUUCGUCCGCAGGAGAUGCAUCUGGCGGGUUUAUGAUGCAACAGCGCAUUUUCAUCGGCGACAUGCAGCGUUUCGGCGUCGUUGAGAUUGGCUCCAAGACGAAUGCCCGCGAUGUGGUUGAAGAACUCGCCUCGAGAGGUGAUUUGGCACCAGAAGAGGUCGCACAAGACGACUGGAUGGUAUUUGAGAUGGCCAACGAUUUUGGGAUGGAACGCCCGAUUCGUGAGUACGAGCUGUUGAUGGAGGUGUACAACUCGUGGAACUCGGAUACACGCAUGAACUACUUUAUGCUCAAACGUACGCCGCUCGCACCGUAUCUCGCUGCAGAGGCGAUGCCCAAAGCCUCGCCCACGUACAGUGGAUACGUCGAAUGGGAGCAAAAACGCGGCAAGUGGACGAAGCGCUGGCUCGAGCUUCGCGAGCACAGUUUGUGGCUCUCGAAACGACAAGGUGCAAAGGACGCUACGCAUCUCUGCACGCUCUCCAACUUUGAUGCGUAUAACAUUACGCGCAUUCACAAGUCACCCAAGCCGUACACCUUUUCCGUCAAGUCGGUGCAAAAUAUGAGGCUUUUCGAGAGCAUGACGGAUUACCACCACGUCUUUUCCUGCGACGCGAUGGAUGGUGGGCACUGGGUUCACAAUAUCCUCUUGGCACGCUCCUAUGUCCUACACCAGGAACGCACCGCGCUGUUCCGACAACUUCAACCUCAGUCUCGUCCAUCAACGGCAACUUCUCCAUCACCGGGUCCUUCACCCGCGCCAGCCGUCUCUCGAUCUGGUACGAGACGCGCACCGCCGGCACCUCUGCUUCUCUUCCAACAAAACUCAUCCGCGACGCCCCCGAUGCCGUCGUUGCCGACUGCUGGCGUCACAUCCCCUUUGGGAUCCUUCCAGCCGGUUCCUGGGUCGCUGCUCUCAAAGCGUCUCUAA